AUGAAGAAGUCAUGGAAAAUGCUUAUUAUACUUGUCAUAAUAUUAUGGAUGUAAUAAAGUGCAGAGGUUUCCCUUGGCCUGAAGCUCAAAAGAAGAAAAAAAAGAAGGGGAAGAAAUGAAUACUGUGAAUCUGCAAUAAGAUUACAUGAUCCAUUUUAUAUGGAUGGAUAGCAUUCACAUAACCUAUUCAAAACAAAUGCACUCCGUUUCAAGAAAUAUAGUAUAUAUUUAUAUAGUGUCGCUAUAUUUAAAGACUAUAUGAAUUAUUUAAAAAUAAGUAAAUUAUAUAUAAAAAUUUAUUUAAAAUGUUAAAAAAAAUAUGUAUAUUUUUUGUUUAAAUUUAUAAUGAUUAUUAUAUUAUGCAAUAAUUUUAUAAGAUUAUAUAUAUAGAUAUGAAUAGAAUUAUAAAAUUAUUAUGUUGUAAUUAUGUUAUAAUCAUUGUAUACAUGUAAUUAUUUUAAUUAUGUUAUAACUAAUUUUAUUAAAUUUAUUAUUUAUUAAUUAAAAUAUGUAGUUUUUUUUAUUAUUAAUUUAUAUCAAUAAUAUUUAUUUAAUAUUGCUCGAAAUUAUAUAAUUUUUUCUGGAAUAAAAAAAAACUUUUAUAACAAACUCCGAUAUGCUGAUAAAAAACAUUAUAUCUAAUAACAACAGUAAGCACAGGAAGUUGAUAAAAUAAACGACGUACAUAUAGAGCAAUGACGUCAAGAGAUAUGUUCUUAAUUGAGAAAAUAACGAUAACGUGUAAUUUAAAUGAAUUUUUUUUACUCUUAUUGUAUUUUUCACAAAUAAUAAAAAUAUUAUUAUAUAAUUUAUUAAUAAUUGUAUAUUUAAUAAUUGAAGUUUUGGAUCAAAUAUAAAUUUCUAGAGGAGAGAAAUGGAUAAAUAAAUUUCAUCGAUUUAAUCAAGAUAAUGUUCUUAUUAUUGCAUUUUUUAUAUUUUUUCUAAUGUUACGAAACUCUUUUCGCUAAUGGAUUUUACUUUCUUUCAGUUUUAGAUGUCCGAAUUAGAUUCGCAUAAAAAUGAUUAAAUUCUGUUAUCGCAUAAUAAACUAUGACAUUCAUAAUUUUCUCACAAUGCGAAAUAUCUUUUAGUGUAGAAUACGAUCUCGAAAGAGAAUGUAAUUUUGGUUCUUCAAUACAAAAUAAAGUUUUGUUCUUUCAAAGUGAAAUUUCGUGGAAAAUUACUUAAAAUUUGUGAUAUUGUUUUAAUUUAAGCUCUUCAAAUGACUCAUCGAUUAAAAUGUAAUGGAAAAAGAGUUAAAAUUUGUAAAAAACAAUUAUCGUUUCUACGUUUUGAAAAUUAUACAUCAUUAAUAUAUUACAUUGCAUUCAUUAAUCGUUUGAUGGGUUUUUUACCUUAUAAACUCGAAUCGUCGAAAUUUAUGUACUCGAAAUUACACUCCGUUUUCUCUACAAUUAUAAUUAUCAUUUAUUUAUUUCUCGCAAUUAUCGCUUUAUAUGAAAUUAACUUUUAUAUUAUAGCAGAUGACGGGAUACCUAGAAUGUUGCAUCGUAAUUCUAUUGCGUUAUUUGGUCCCGCAUUACUGUUUUGUAGUUAUAUCUCAAAUCGAUCAACAGUUCAGGCAAUUCAACGUGUUCAGUAUGUUUCUUAUAUAUUAUCUGCAGAAAUUUUUAAUAAAUUGAUCAAAACACUUUUUAUAAAAGAUAUAUUAUUCUUAAUGCCAUUAGGAGUUUUUAUAUUAUACUUCAUAAUCAAUUGUGAUUUUUAUGUUUUUCUUUUUAUUUGUUGGUAUUCAUUUUUUGGACUUCUCGUAAUAAGUACUUUAUACUUGAACAAUGUGUACAUAUUAAAUGCCUGUUUCAAAUUUAUAAAUAAUUCUUUAAUAAAAAUUAAAGAAAUUUUAAUCAACGAUGAGCCUCAUCUUCUCAGAAGAGAGUAUCAUAUGAAAAAGAAUCCCAUUUUACUUAUGGAAUUGAGGAUUCUUAAGAAACAAUAUAUGGAAUUGAUAGAAGCUGUUCAGUUAUUAAAUGAUUCAUAUAGCUUGAAAAAUGAAAUGAUAUUAUUAAUGUUAUUCUUCGAUAUUACGUUCAACUUAUAUGUUUACCUAAUAUUAUACAAUACAGAAGGCAAAAUUACAAAGAUAAACAGUACUCUUGGAUUUGCAAUUUUCUAUCCCGUAUAUAUUAUUAUUUCUAUUUCAAUCAUUGAAAUUAUUAGAGUUCAAAUGAAAAAAAUUGGCACAAAUAUUCAUAAAAUUCUCGUGCAUACUUUUGACGAUCAAAUUAUAGCAGAGUUGGAGUUAUUUUCUUUAGAAGUGCUGCAAAAAGACAAUACAUUUAUAAUGUUUGGGCUUGAAAUAAAUUUGACUCUUGUGACGGAGGUAAGUAAACAGAAAAUUUUGUCGAGGAAAUCAAUUUUUUUUUCAUUAAUUCUAUUUUAUUUUAUAGAUGACGUGUAAAAUUACUACCUUUUUAUUAAUAUUGAUACAAUUUUUGUUUGUUCCACCUUGUUAAAGAAAAAUUUCGAUCAAUUACGUUAAUGUGUAUACAAGAAAUAGUUGAUUUGGAUGAAAAACUGAUUCAUAAAAAAUUUUUUAUAAUAAAAUUAUGUUAUUUCCAAUUAUGUUAAAAGCAUUUCCAUUUUAUGGAAAAUAAUUUUGUAUAAU